AUGCUCCUUCGCCGCGCCGCAUCAGCACUGCUGUGGACCAGCACGUCUGUCUCCGUCUGUCCCCUGUCUCUGGUCCCAUUAGUGCGGCGGUCCUUCAAGUGUCUGCAGCGAGUGAGGCCGUUUUCCACCUCGGUCUGCCUGUACAAGAAGAAGAAGAAGAGUCUGUGGCUGCAGCAGGCUGAAGAAGGGCGAAACAUGGAAGGGAACAUUGAGGAGAUCUUGGCCCCUUUGAGGCUGGCUGUCAAAGAACAGGGAGACCUGGUGCGUACACUUAAACAGGGGGGAGCUCCUGACGUGGAUGUCACCAAAGCUGUGGCUGAACUUAAAGCAAGAAAGAGGGCUUUAGAGGCGAAGGAGCUGGCUUUACAACCCAAAGAUGAUAUUGUGGACAGAGCAAAAAUGGAAGACACUCUUAAGAGGCGAUUUGUUUAUGACCAGGCCUUUGCGAUCUAUGGAGGUGUGAGCGGCCUGUAUGACUUUGGUCCGGUCGGUUGUGCUCUAAAGAACAACAUCCUGCAGGCCUGGAGACAGCACUUCAUUCAGGAGGAGCAGAUCCUGGAGAUUGACUGCACCAUGUUAACCCCUGAGCCCGUUCUCAAGACAUCAGGUCACGUGGAGAAAUUUGCAGACUACAUGGUUAAAGAUGUCAAGAAUGGAGAAUGUUUCAGGGCUGACCAUCUCCUCAAAGCACAUCUUCAAAAGCUCAUGUCUGAUAAGAAGUGUGCAGCAGAGAAGAAGGCAGAGAUGGAGAAUGUGGUCACUCAGUUGGAUAACUUCACCCAGCAGGAGUUGGCUGAUCUGUUUGUAAAGUAUAAUGUAAAAUCCCCCACCACAGGAAAUGACGUGUCCCCUCCUAUAUCCUUCAACCUAAUGUUUCAGACGUCCAUAGGACCUGGUGGAAACAUGCCAGGGUAUCUGAGGCCUGAAACUGCUCAGGGAAUCUUUCUAAAUUUCAAGCGACUUUUAGAGUUUAACCAGGGAAAACUGCCUUUUGCUGCUGCUCAAAUUGGAAACUCCUUCAGGAAUGAAAUCUCACCUCGCUCUGGUCUUAUUCGUGUCAGAGAGUUUACUAUGGCUGAGAUUGAGCACUUUGUGGACCCAAAUGAGAAAGUCCAUCCCAAAUUCCCCAGUGUAGCCAACUUGGAUAUCAUGUUGUACUCUUCGAAAGCCCAAACCAGUGGGCAGUCUGCACACAUCAUGAGGCUUGGGGAUGCAGUGGAACAGGGAGUAAUCAAUAACUCUGUCCUGGGAUAUUUUAUUGGGAGGAUCUACCUCUACCUUACUAAAGUGGGUAUAGCCAAAGAUAAAUUGCGAUUCCGGCAACACAUGGACAACGAGAUGGCUCAUUAUGCCUGUGACUGCUGGGAUGCUGAAGCCAAAACGUCAUACGGCUGGAUUGAGAUUGUGGGUUGUGCAGACCGGUCCUGCUAUGAUCUCCAGUGUCACGCACGUGCAACAAAGCCCAACAAAGGAGCUCUUGGAAAAACAUACAAAAAGGAAGCUAAGCUAGUCACGGAGUAUUUGUCAAUUUGUGAUGAGCGCUUCAUAACAGAACAAGAGAAACUGCUCAAUGAGACGGGUGAGUUUACCAUCGAGACUGAAGGCAAAACGUUCAAUCUGACAAAAGACAUGGUCAGUGUGAAGCGACAACAGAAAACCCUUCAUGUGGAGGAAGUUGUUCCAAACGUAAUUGAGCCUUCAUUUGGGAUCGGUAGAAUCAUGUACACGAUCUUUGAACACACAUUCCAUGUCAGAGAAGGUGAUGAACAAAGAACUUAUUUCAGCUUCCCUCCCACUGUGUCACCGUACAAAUGCUCCAUCCUGCCACUGAGCGUUAACCAGGAGUUUAUUCCUUAUGUGAAAGCACUUUCUGAGGCAAUGACCAAAAACGGUGUGUCUCACAAAGUCGAUGACUCGUCGGGGUCCAUCGGGAGACGUUAUGCCAGGACCGAUGAAGUGGGAGUAUCUUUUGGCAUCACCAUUGAUUUUGACACCGUGAACAAGACGCCACAUACUGCCACUCUGAGGGACAGGGACUCGAUGAGACAGAUAAGAGCAGAGGUCACAGAGCUUCCCGACAUCGUGAGGGAUUUAGCCAAUGGUACAAUGACAUGGGCCGAAGCGGAAAGCAAGUACCCCCUCUUUGAAGGACAAGAGACUGGAAAGUUGACUGUUGAGGAGUAG